GGUGCAUGCAAGACAUGAGUUUAAUGUAAUUAGGUACACUUGUCCAGACCCAGCUGAGCCCAUGGUACAACAUGGUCGUGACCCAAUGGUUCACAGCUUCAUUCCUGUCUGCGUUCCUCCACACCGCCGGGUUUGUAAAGGGUCCCAAGGUUUUGUUGCUUCGAGGAGUCUUCUCGGCUCUACUCUCGACUGGCUCCAAUGAUGCCGACAUCCUGACAUCUGGACUCAGCCCUACGGGCGAUUUCUUCCGUUUCAACGAAAAAGCAAAACAGCUUCGUAACAUCAGAAUAUGAUGACAAGUUUCUGAGCUGAACAUGCAUCUAGUUGCAGGCGGGAUGAAAGCAUCUAUAGGUAGGCUGUAGAAGCCGAUGUCAGUAGCUCACUGCACAAGAAUCCUUCAGGAACACAAUCGGAAGUUUGUGGAUAUUCAAUGUAGUUACACACA